AUGAGUGCUUCUACUUCAUCUCGUUCAUAUUCUAAACCACAAUACACAUCGGAAAAUGUAAAAGAUGCUGUUGCAGCUUAUAAAUCUGGUUCAAUGACAUCUGUUGAAGCAACAAAAACAUUUAAAGUACCAGAAAGUACUAUUCGUAAUCAUGCACAGAAUUCGCAAUUGAGAACAGGUGUUGGUCGAAAAGCAGUAUACGAUAAUAAAAAGGUUCAUAAUAAUUCAAUAUAUGAAACACGUAAGAAACGGUUAUGUAAUUUUCUUAAUCGUUGGAAAAAUGAAUUAAAACGUAUGCGGGAAAAGAAAUUAGAGAGAGCUCGAAAAAUAGGUUUCACUGAAGAAAUUCGAGUUGGCUGGUUUAAUUUAUUACACGAUAUUAUGUCAAAAAAUGACUUACUUGACAAGCCAAGACAAAUCUUCAACUGUGACGAAACCGGAUUUUCUGAUCAAACAAAAGGUAGACCCGCAUGA